GUGCUAUUCUCGUGUGAUUGUUGUCAUGUUUAUCAAUUAGUGUGUACCAAGUUUACGUGCAUAUGACUAUAUAAACAUAUCUAUUGUCUCAAACACUGCCCAACAAAAUUGAUCUUACUCUUAAGGUACUGGCCCUUCAAGUUCAUACUAAAACUCAGCAUUUUCCUUUCUUUUUAAAAAAAAAAAAAAUUCUGUUCUACUUGCUUAACUCAAACCUCAAAGUCUACCAACUGUUAAGAAUUGGUGCCUUCAAUAAAGUAUCAUGAAAAAAAGGACCAAUUGUUACAUUCAAUCCUGUCAUUGGGAGUUGGUUUGUUUAUUAGACCCUUGAUUACUAAUGACCUCAAGAAAAAGAAAAAAACUAACUACAUCUGUUAACACAGAGCCCAGAUAUACCAUUUUAUAUUCAUUACAAUUUUUGUCUUCAUGCACGAUAUAUGCAAUGUUUACUGUACAUGGAAGAUAGUCUUCUAUAUUUUCUGCUCUGCCUUGUGUUUCUGUAUUGAGGUAUACUGAUUUUGCUUCACUUUUUUCAUGAUCAAUUCACAGCUAUGGACAGAGAGAAUUCAGAGCUGUACCUGCGUAACUGUCAGAUUAUGUGGGAGAAUGAGAGGCUGCGGAAGAAAGCUCAACGUCUCAACCAGGAGAAUCAAGCUUUGUUAUCAGAGCUGAAACGGAAAUUAGCAGCUAUAAAUGCCAAGCGGAAACCUGAAUUUGAAGUUAAUAUGGGUUCCAGUUCUGUCAGCGAUCAAAUGGAAGCCAACAAACGUCAGGUACUGGAAUGAGAGUGAUGUUCCAAGUCACU